GGAAUCUCCAACCUUGAGGACAUGCUCAAGUGGAGGGGCGCGCUCGAGAGAGAGAAAGAAAAAAAGAGUAGGUUGGAGGUGUUGUGCCACAUGUGAGGGGAAAUGUUUGGAGCGUUGUUGUCACUGGUCAGUUCCCCGCAGCCCAGGAAGAGGCAGAGGCAGGGGCAGCCUCCUCAAGUGGGCUACACGCCGGAGGACUCCUCACUUCAAGUCCCCGCCAGAGGAGACGACGGCUCCCAGGAUGUAACGCCGCCUUAAGAAGAACUCGUCUUUUUAAAUUAAUCAUCGUUCCAUUCACGAUUUUUUUAAAAUUGAUUUAGUUUUGUUUGAGAUUUUUUUUUUUUUUUUUGCGAUGGCAGUUCUGUGCACAUCCGGGCCACAAUGCCUUGACUCCAUUAUCGUCUAAAACUGGCGGAGAGACUGCUAAAUCUUGUUCUUUCUCCCCCACCUAACGACUCCUUUUGUACGCGCCGUGAAGGCCGGAACAAAGAGGUGAUGUCUAACCAAGGAGUUCGGCGGAAUGGCCCCGUGAAGCUGCGAUUAACAGUCCUCUGUGCCAAAAACCUCGUCAAGAAGGACUUCUUCCGCCUGCCCGAUCCUUUUGCGAAGGUGGUUGUGGACGGUUCGGGGCAAUGCCACUCGACCGAUACUGUGAGGAACACACUUGACCCCAAGUGGAAUCAGCACUAUGACCUAUACAUCGGGAAAUCGGAUUCUAUCACGAUCAGCGUGUGGAACCACAAGAAGAUUCAUAAGAAACAAGGGGCUGGUUUCCUGGGAUGCAUCCGCCUUUUGUCCAAUGCUAUCAACCGCCUUAAAGACACAGGCUACCAGAGACUAGACUUGAACAAACUGAGUCCGAAUGACAGUGACACGGUCAGAGGCCAGAUCGUGGUGAGCUUGCAGUCCAGAGACCGGAUAGGCACAGGAGGCCCAGUGGUAGACUGCAGUCGACUGUUUGACAACGAUCUUCCAGACGGCUGGGAGGAGAGGAGAACUGCAUCUGGACGAAUCCAGUACUUGAACCACAUCACGCGCACCACACAGUGGGAGAGGCCGACCAGACCUGCAUCAGAGUACUCAAGCCCUGGGCGGCCACUUAGCUGCAUCGUGGAUGAGAACACUCCCAUUAACACAAAUGGAGCCACGCCGACAGCAGCAUUGCCGCCAAACGACGAUGACCAGCGUGCCCAGGAGAGGCGCGUUCGCUCCCAGAGGCACCGCAACUACAUGAGCAGAACGCACCUGCACACACCUCCAGACCUCCCAGAGGGCUACGAACAGAGGACCACGCAACAAGGCCAAGUGUACUUCCUUCACACUCAGACAGGUGUCAGCACAUGGCAUGACCCCAGAGUACCGAGAGAUCUGAGUAAUGUAAACUGUGAAGAAUUGGGUCCGCUACCUCCUGGAUGGGAGAUACGUAACACUGCCACGGGGAGAGUAUACUUUGUGGACCACAACAACCGGACCACACAGUUCACUGACCCGCGCCUCUCUGCCAACCUGCAUCGUGUCCUUAAUCCAAGCCCAAAUGGCUCACGAGGAGGCAUUGAAAGUCAGAAUGUGAGUCGUCAGAACCCGUUGAAGGAUCAGGUCCAGCAGGCUCUGGUGUCCACGGGUCAGCUCCCAGAGGAGGCAGAGUGUCUCACCGUACCCAAGUACAAGCGAGACCUAGUCCAGAAGCUGAAGAUCCUCCGACAGGAACUUUCUCAGCAGCAGCCGCAGGCCGGGCAUUGUCGCAUCGAGGUGUCCCGCGAGGAAAUAUUUGAGGAAUCCUAUCGACAAGUGAUGAAGAUGAGGCCGAAAGACUUAUGGAAAAGGCUAAUGGUGAAGUUUCGGGGAGAAGAAGGACUUGAUUAUGGAGGAGUGGCCAGGGAGUGGCUCUAUCUGCUUUCACAUGAGAUGUUGAACCCGUACUAUGGCCUGUUCCAGUACUCCCGUGAUGACAUCUACACGCUGCAGAUUAACCCGGACUCUGCAGUCAACCCUGAGCACUUGUCGUACUUCCACUUUGUGGGCCGUAUCAUGGGGAUGGCAGUGUUCCAUGGCCACUACAUUGAUGGAGGCUUUACCCUACCCUUCUACAAACAACUGCUCGGUAAACCCAUCACCCUGGACGACAUGGAGUCCGUCGACCCGGACCUGCACAACAGUCUCGUCUGGAUCCUGGACAACGACAUCACAGGCGUGCUGGACCACACCUUCUGUGUAGAACACAAUGCCUACGGAGAGAUCAUCCAGCAUGAGCUCAAGCCGAAUGGGAAAAGUCUCUCCGUAACGCAGGACACAAAGAAAGAGUAUGUCCGCCUGUACGUCAACUGGCGCUUUCUGCGGGGCAUCGAGGCUCAGUUCCUCGCUCUGCAGAAGGGCUUCAACGAAGUCAUCCCCCAACACCUGCUGAAGGCUUUCGAUGAGAAAGAGCUUGAGCUGAUCGUAUGUGGCCUGGGUAAAAUCGACAUCAAUGACUGGAAGUCCAACACACGGCUUAAACAUUGCACUCCCGACAGUAACAUUGUCAAGUGGUUCUGGAAAGCCGUGGAGUCUUUCGACGAAGAGCGAAGAGCCCGCCUGCUGCAAUUCGUCACGGGUUCUUCCAGGGUUCCACUGCAGGGCUUCAAGGCCCUCCAAGGUGCUGCUGGCCCACGGCUCUUCACCAUACACCAGAUUGAUGCCAACACCAACAACCUGCCCAAAGCCCACACGUGUUUCAAUCGGAUCGACAUUCCUCCGUACGAAAGCUAUGACAAACUAUAUGACAAGUUGCUCACUGCCAUCGAGGAGACAUGUGGCUUUGCCGUGGAGUGACUCUGCGAUGAGCCGCAGUGCAACAAACAGCUCAAGUCGCAUGGUUUGGCGAUGAUCCCGCCCCCCUUUUUUUUUUUUUUUUUUUUUUUUACACACAAACAUCGAACGCUCAAUGGCCUUUCUUAUUAUGGGGGGAGAAAAAAAAUCUCUGCAGCUGCUAAUAACUCAGACUAUUUACUAACUUGUGGAACAUGCAGGAUAUUGGUUGGCUCUUCCUCUUUUUCUAUGUUCAUUCAAGCGUUUUAAAACAACGACUAUUCCAUGUAGCAAGGAGCACUCCUGAACCAACAACCGCAGAUACACGCGUGCUUCGUUUGCUUGAGUACAGGGUAAUUUCAUUGAUGUAUAUCAUCACCACUUGCAAACAUUAAUUCUCGACAUGGAGUGUGCCUUGGAUUGAUCACAUGGGAGCAAGCGUUCAUGCCCGGCCAACAGGGAUACCGCCUGUGCGGAUGCAACGAUGAGUCUGAAUUUGGCGGAUAGAUUUCCAUCACUCUCCAAAGACGGCGGCAAGCAACACAGUGAGUCGCUGCACAAACUGCAUUCCCAUUGUCACUCAUCGACAACCAGUUUGUUUGACCGUGUGUACGUGAACCAAGUGCUUGCAAUGGGUUAUUUUUAUAUAGUAACGGGGGUAAUGGAAGAAAAUGAGUACAUUUCUAGUAGAUCUAUUUUAUUGCUGAUAUAUAUCUAUAUCUAUGUGUAGAUAUAGAUAUAUCGUAUCUCCCCAUUUCCAUCCAUUGUUUCAGAAAAAUACAGCGUGUUACUGUUUAAAUUAUAAAAGGAAUUAAGAACAGAAAUAAGCUGAUUUUCACUCAGUAUUUGGGUUUAUUUAUCACUUUCUAAUCUUUAAUAGGAGGUAUAUCUUAGAGGCUCGCAAAUCAUAAACACACAUACACACCAAAAUAGCCAUUGUUGAAUCUUUGUCAAACCAAGCAGACCCUUUAAAAUAUAUUGCUAUCAUUUUGGAGGCACUUCAGCAACAUAUUUUGUUUGUUUUUUUUUAAACCUUCAAUCAACUGCCACUCAUCAUGAACAGGGCUUUAUGCAUGUUUUCAAAUGCACACUUUUGUUCUUCAACUCAAAAGUCUUUUCAUACCAUCUGGUGUUAACUGGUAUCCGCAUUUGCCUGACUUUGGCGCCCAUAUACCUGUACGUAUAUUGAUUGAUUGAUUUUCGAACAAAGCCCACAUACACAAUCGAUGCCACCAACAAAAAAAAAUAAAUAAAUAAAACAGAAUAAGUCUUUGGCCACAUUCUCAGGGGUUAUAAUGCGGACCUUGUAUUGUUGUUUUUAACAACUACAUACAGUAGAAGCAAAUUGACCAUUGUACCUUAUUUUCGAAAUAAUGAGCAUCCACGUUCAUUGUUUCGGCAUAUGUGUUGCACGUUGAAACACUUGGUUGGACAUGAGCUGAAUGAGAUGGCCUCCUGUUACACUCUUCUGUUAAUAAUUUUCCAUUUGUAAGAUUGUUUUCUUCCAUUCAGCAUAAAAUUCUUGAAUGUUUUCUAAAAGAUGCUGCCUGUUUAGCAAUCUCUCUGACCGUGGACUGUUCUUCACAUUUGCAUACACACACACACACACA